AGCAUCAGUUGCAGAAAUCUCUCGCUCUCUCUCUCUCAUCUCUUAACCUUCUCUCUCUACUCUUCCACCGAGUAAAAACUUUUGCCCUACUUUUCCUAACGUUUUUGUCUGCAGAAAUCCCCGAAACCCUAAUUCUAACCCUCAUCAGAUCCAACAGCAGGCAGGUGAAAUGGGAGACACGAAAGAGAACGAAGCUUACGAAGAGGAACUCCUCGACUACGAGGAGGAAGACGAAAAAGCCCCCGAUUCGGUCAACGCCAAAGUCAACGGAGAGUCCGUUAAGAAAGGCUAUGUGGGGAUCCACAGUUCAGGAUUCAGAGACUUCCUCUUGAAGCCAGAGCUUUUGAGGGCUAUUGUAGAUUCAGGAUUUGAACAUCCUUCAGAAGUUCAACACGAGUGCAUACCUCAAGCCAUUUUGGGAAUGGAUGUCAUCUGCCAAGCCAAGUCUGGUAUGGGGAAAACUGCUGUCUUUGUUCUUUCAACAUUGCAGCAGAUUGAACCCGUUGCAGGUCAAGUUGCAGCUCUUGUGCUAUGCCAUACAAGGGAACUGGCUUAUCAGAUCUGUCAUGAAUUUGAGCGAUUCAGCACAUAUUUGUCAGAUAUUAAAGUAGCUGUUUUCUAUGGUGGCGUCAACGUUAAGAUCCACAAAGAUCUCCUGAAGAAUGAAUGCCCUCACAUUGUGGUAGGAACACCAGGAAGGAUUCUUGGUCUAGCAAGAGACAAGGACCUUUCUUUAAGGAAUGUGAGGCAUUUCAUACUUGAUGAAUGUGACAAGAUGCUUGAGUCUCUUGAUAUGAGAAGAGAUGUGCAGGAGAUUUUCAAAAUGACACCUCAUGAUAAGCAAGUUAUGAUGUUUUCGGCUACACUCAGUAAAGAGAUUCGACCUGUUUGCAAGAAAUUCAUGCAAGAUCCUAUGGAGAUUUACGUGGAUGAUGAGGCAAAGUUGACCCUUCAUGGUCUUGUACAGCACUACAUCAAAUUGAGUGAGCUGGAGAAGAACCGAAAGCUGAACGAUCUGCUCGAUGCAUUGGACUUCAAUCAAGUUGUUAUCUUUGUCAAAAGUGUGACUAGAGCUGCUGAGCUGAACAAGUUGCUUGUGGAGUGUAACUUCCCAUCGAUUUGCAUUCACUCUGGCAUGUCCCAAGAAGAAAGAUUGACCCGCUACAAGGGAUUCAAGGAGGGGCAUAAGAGGAUUCUCGUAGCAACUGAUUUGGUAGGAAGAGGAAUUGAUAUAGAGCGAGUUAAUAUUGUGAUUAACUAUGAUAUGCCAGAUUCUGCAGACACUUAUCUCCACAGGGUGGGUAGAGCUGGGAGGUUUGGCACCAAAGGGCUGGCCAUCACGUUUGUUUCUUCUGCCUCUGAUUCAGAUGUUCUAAAUCAGGUACAGGAGAGGUUUGAAGUUGAUAUUAAAGAACUACCUGAGCAGAUUGAUGUUUCCACAUAUAUGCCAUCGUAGAGUUACCCAUGUUUUGUUGCAACGGGAACAUGUAAACUGGACACACAAGUCGAGGUAGGGUUGCUCCUGGUUAUUGAAAAGAGUCUCUCAUGUUGUUUGAGAUGAAAAUCGACAGUGGCUGCUCUAGUUGUACCUUCUAUUUACUUUAGGGCAUUUGGCCUUCCGAUGAGAUAUAAUCACUCAGAUAUUUGAAUUUCUGAUGGCGACGUUGCAAAAUCUUGUUUGUAGACCAUUUUUAGUUACUCUACCGUUUUUGUGGAUUGCUUAAUGAGAUUUUCAGUUAGCUCAA